GGGAUGCUAACUCUGACCAGACAUGUGAGCAUAUGUUCCAAACACAGCUAUGGUCAAAGGUAACCUUGCGUUUAGCUUCAUGCAUGGACCUGAGAGUGAAGAGCCAAGACAGGAUUUAGAGUGAAGAAGAAGAAGGGGCCUCUGGCUUCUAUCCCCAGAACCCACAAAUUAGUAGAUAGAAGGAGGCAAGAAACAGAGAGACAAGCUGACUGAGAGGCUAUGUAAAUGUCAGUGUGGAGGCUGGUCUGGGAGCAGCAGUUAGGUGCUGAGUGGCCAGCGGGCAGGAAGAGGGAGAGGUCACCAAGCUGUGAGAUGCUAAUGCCAGAUGAAGAGGAUUAGGAAUGAGGACAGAUUGGGGAGGGCAGGAGAGACAUGGCAGGGCCCUAGAGGAGCAGAGAUGGCAGAAAAGCCCUGUGGAUAAAGGAAGCUGAGGAGUAAGUUCAGCCAGAAGAGGCCACUUCUUCCAGAAGAAAACAAAGGAACAUAAGCAGUGUUUGGAAAACAUAAAUUCAAGACCCUUCUCUGUGGUGGGCUGUGUUACCUAAUAGGAAAUGGAACACCAAAACCUGUCCAAGGUCACUGAAUUUCAGCUCUUAGGAUUCCAGAACCUUCUUGAGUGGCAGUCCCUCCUCUUCGCCAUUUUUUUGUGCUUCUAUCUCCUCACCAUCACAGGCAACAUGGUGAUCAUCGCAGUGGUGAGCGAAGACCCGCGCCUGCGCUCUCCCAUGUACACGUUCCUCCAACAUCUGUCCUUCCUGGAGAUCUGGUACACGUCCACCACGGUGCCCCUGCUGCUGGCCAACCUGGCGUCCUGGGGCCACACGCUGUCCUUCCCUGCCUGCAUGGCGCAGCUCUACUUCUUCGUGUUUUUCGGUGCAACUGAGUGUUUCCUCCUUGCCGCCAUGGCUUAUGACCGGUACCUGGCCAUCUGCAGCCCGCUCCACUACUCCGCGCUCAUGAGUCCUGACAACUGCGCUGCCCUGGUCACAGUCUCCUGGGUGACAGGGGUGGGCACGGGAUUCCUGCCUUCGCUGAUGAUUUCUAAACUGGACUUCUGUGGGCCCAACCGCAUCAACCAUUUCUUCUGCGACCUCCCUCCGUUGAUGCAGCUGUCGUGCUCCAGUGUCUAUGUGACGGAGAUGGCCAUCUUUGUCCUGUCUAUCGCUGUGCUGUGCAUCUGUUUCCUUCUAACCCUCAUGUCCUACGUUUUCAUAGUGUCCUCCAUUCUGAGAAUCCCUUCCACUUCCGGCAGGCUGAAGACGUUUUCUACUUGCGGCUCGCACCUGGCCGUGGUCACCAUCUACUACGGGACCAUGAUCUCCAUGUACGUGCGCCCAAACGCACAUUUGUCACCAGAGACCAACAAGGUCAUUUCCGUCUUCUACACCGUGAUCACUCCGCUGCUGAACCCAGUUAUCUACAGCCUGAGGAACAAGGACUUCAAAGAGGCAGUUAGAAAAGUCAUGAGACUCAGGUGUGGGGUCUACAGAGCGAAAGUGAAAGGCGGUGUCCUCACCCAGUAGGGAACCCUGCACAUACCCGGUGCUUCUAGGCUCUGCAUUAGGAUUUGUUUCUCACUCGUGUAACUUGGGUACAGAAGUUUCUCUAAGGCCCUAUUAGACGGGCCUUUUAGACACAAAGUCUGGUGUUAAUCAAACGUUGUCCAAAGAACAAAUGAAAAGAGACAAAAGUUUGAAAUCUCCUCAUGGUGAGAAAGAACAAGCAAGAUCGCCUGCAGUGCCAAGCAUUUCUUUUUUAUAUGACUUAAAAUUUUAAGGUGUUAAUUUAAUUAAUGACAACCUAGAAAGGAAAGAAACAAAGAAAAAGAUGGGUGAAUGGAAGAUUUAUGAAACUUCAUGUCUUGGGGUUCACAACUUUGCCUACUUUCUUAGUUUCUUAAUUCAGAUUAUACUUAGGAGAUCUCCAUUAGUCUUGCCCAGUACUCUAUUCAUUUACCCUGCAUAUAUUUUUAAUCCUUUAAACCAGGUCUGAGUUACAGUCUGACACAUACAAGAAAGACCAGGGGAGGAAGACAGUUCCCUGAUGGAUGCUCCGGACUGGAAGAGGAGAGAAAUGCAUUAACAACAACAACAAAAGCACAAAGAAACUUUUGACUUGAUUUUGUGGAAACAAUCAAGCAAGCUGGUGCUGGGUCAUAGAAAAGCAGUCAGUACGUGGUCUUAGAACAGUGAGGUUCACACUGGGUUUCAAUUUCCACUGCGGACUGAGAAGACUGGGAGGAGCCCCAGGCAGAGGACAGACACUGAGGACAGAAGAAGGCAUGGGGGAACGGGGCAAGCCCACAGAACAGUUUGGAGAAGGACCAAGUUGGAUCGUACAGGUUCAAAGUCCACAGAAUUUUUAAAUCUGUCUAAAUGAUCACCAAAGGAUAGCAGACAGACAACAGAAUGAUAAACUUUACAUUAAAAAAAAAUCUCAGUGAUAAUUGGAAAAAGAGACAUUGCUUCUCUUUCACACCUGGGGUGGGGGACACUGUUAGGGUCUCUGCAGCAGCUCAUGUUGGGGAGGAAACUGGCUUGAUUUUAGGUUUGAUGAUAUAACUCACCAAAGGAAGCAUGCUGGUGGAGCAUGUAAACCAGAGAACCAAGUGAAGAACAGGUCAGGAAAGAGCUUCAAAGCAUGAGGCAUGAAGGAAAAGGAAACCCAGCCUGGAAACCCAGAAGUAAAGCUUCACGGUGAGGGGUGGGGAGACUCCUGCCACAACUGUACAGGUCCUGGAAGGGAUGGGAGUGUCUGUCCGCCAGCAGCCAGCGGGAGAAGGAGGGAGACGCUUUCAUGAAGCAUCUCAGAACAGAUACUGCUGCUAUCCCUGUGCAGGGUGGUGGCCUCUUUGUGGCAAGGGUGACUGUGCAGGAGGGAGUGACUGGUAGGAACCACAGGCAGGGGCAUAGGUGAACAGCUGUCCUGAGAAACGAGCUUCUGAAGGGAGAAGUGAAAGUGUCUCACUGGAGGGACAGUUGUGUUUCUGUAGAUAGUCAGGUUUUGAGCAUCGGGGUACAUUUCAACACUUGUGCGGAAGGUCUGUUAGUACAUAAAAAUAGAAGUGAUUACUGAAAGUGCUGACCAGAGCUCAAGAUACAGCGAAAGAGACUGUGGGCAAAUGUGGACAGGCCAACACGCCACAGGAAAUGCUUUAUUAGCUGUAGGAUGUGGGGGAGGUCAUUUCAAUGCCAUUUUCUAGAAAUGGAGAGGGGAUUUGCUUAUUUUUCUGAAAAGAGGUCAGUAAAAUCUAGUAGAUCUGAAUUUGAAGACCAUGGGGACAGCAUGUAAGAGGAAGGGGGCUAGAAGAUGGGCAUUUAUCCCUCCUGAGGGGAGAAUGAGCUACGUGCCAAGACAGAAGCAGGUUAAAGAAAAUGUUUUCCAGGGAACUGAGAUUAGUGGAGGAGAGUAUCCUAAGUAAAGCAUUAAACAGCAUAGCCUAUAAUAUGAGGUGACCACAGAGGACACAGACAUUAAUGGUUUCACAAGCACAGUUGAUACUCAGCUUCCACUAGGCAGGGUGGGUGGGUGAUCGGGAAGACAGGACCCUGAGUAGGAAGCCUGAGCUGCAGCGGUUCUGAACAAUUGGAGUCAUCUUCCAACACCAGCCCACUAAUGAGACUGCCUCUCUUCCCUGACAGGGGACCACACCAAGGAAAAUACUAGUGUCCCCAGAUUGUGACUGAAAGUUAGCGCAAUUCUCGGUUCCCUUCAUUGGAUGACUUUAAAUGUUCUUUUAGAUUACUUUAUUUUGUGCAUGUGAAUAUUUUGCUUGUGCAUGUGUAUGUGUGCCAUAUGGUAGCCGUGGAGGUCAGAAGAGGGCAUCAGAUCCCGUAGGACUGGAGAUGCUUGUGAGCACUCAUGUGAAUGCUGGGAACCAAACGUAGGCCCUUUGUAAGAACAGCAAAUGCUCUUAUGUACUGAGCCAUCUCUCCAGCACUCCAUGAUCACAUUAAAAAGUACUAUUUGUUUUCAUUCUACCUGGAUUGUCGUUUUUUAGAUGUUUUGUUUUUUGAGACAGUGUCUCACUGUGCAGCCUUGGCUGGCCUGGAACUUGCUUUGUAGACCAGGCUAGCCUUCAGCUCGCAGAGAUCUGCCUUCCUCUGUCUCCGAGUGCUGGGAUUAAAGGUGUUCCCUGCCUGUAUUAUCCUUUUAAAGGAACAGUUUCAGACAUCUGAUGGUUUUCCAGUCAUGGAAAUGUUUGGAAGACUAGUUCAGAACCUUGGACAAAGCCCAUCCACUGCUAUGAAGGAUAUUUUUGUGCCCCAACAUGCUUCUACUGUCUAAACUUAACCAUGUUAACUAGCUAUUGUGUUAUAAAAUAAAACAGUUCAUUUAUUAAUA